GCCUGUCUUCCGGGGGCGUGACGAAUCGAUCGCCUCGCUUACAUCAGGGAAUCAGAGCAGCGCGUGUCCAGGAGAGAUGAGCGCUGUUUCGGGUCUCGGUAAAGCGCUGGUCGUCAUCACCGGAGCGUCGAAGGGCUUCGGCCGGGCCCUGGCUCUGUCCAUCGCGCCUCGUCUGGCAGCGGGCUCGGCUCUGAUCCUCGCGGCCCGAUCGGAUGACAAACUGCAGGAGCUGAAGGCUGAUCUGUCCCGCGGUGAGUCCGGGCUGACGGUCCGCUGUGUUGCGGCUGAUUUAGGGUGUCAAGCGGGUGUAGAGAGAGUAAUUACCGAGAUCAGAGACAUCGAUCCGGACAUCGAUCAUCUGCUGCUCUUCAAUAAUGCAGCUUCUCUCGGGGAUGUGUCGCGGUACUGUCAUGAUUUCACGGAUGUGGAUGAGGUGAACUCGUACCUGUCGCUGAAUGUGAGCUCUGCUCUCUGUCUGACCGCGGGAGUUCUGCGCAUGUUCCCACAGCGCACUGGCCUGACGCGCGUCAUCGUCAAUGUCAGCUCGCUGUGCGCACUCCAGCCCUUCCCAUCCUGGGUUCUGUACUGCAGCGGGAAAGCGGCCCGGGACAUGAUGUUCCGCGUGCUGGCAGAGGAAGAACCAGAUCUCAGAGUCCUGAACUAUGCGCCGGGGCCUCUGGACACAGACAUGCAGCUGCAGGCGAGGAGCAGCUCUGCAGACGACGCUCUGAGGAACUCGUUCAGCGUCAUGCACGCUCAGGGUCAGCUGCUCACCUGUGACCAGUCCAUCAACAAACUCAUCAAGGUCCUGCUGGAGGACAAAUACCCCUCGGGAGCACAUCUGGACUUCUAUGAUUUAUAGAGUUUGUGCCUUAAACAACCACUCAUUCUCUAGUGUUCAUCCCAUUUGAUUAAUGAUUGAUUGAUUGAUUGAUUUGAGAGCAGACACUAUGUAAUGAACCUUAUUUUCUGAAAUGAACCAAUGAAUCUCAUUUAUGGGUCAUUAAUGAUCUCUAAUUUCUGUCUGAUAUGUUCUUGUGUUGUCACGAUACUGGAAUAUCUAACUUCGAUAUCAUACCUUGAAAAAUUAUCAAUAAGCUCCACUGGUAUUGGUGUAUUGAAACUGCUUCAAAUAUUUACAUUUAUUCAUUUAGCAGAUGCUUUUAUCCAAAGUGAUUUACAAUUGAGGAGUACAGCAAGCGAUUCAUCAUAAAGAGGCAAUGGUUUAAUGAGGAUUUGUCUUUUAAAUUACUAGCAGUCAGAUCUGCUUCUGGACCAAAAGAAAGCUCUCUGUUUGUGAUCGUUUGCCAAAUGAUUCUUCAUUAUGUGUUCAAAUUCAUGAUUGUUUACUGAUAUCUUUCUAGCUGCUGCUGUUUUUCCAUGUCAUAAAUAGACUAAAGACUUUGGAUUACAUGAAAGCUUCCAUGUAUAAAUGUGUUACUUCCGUUAUCCAAGUCCAGACCAUGUGAUGUAGCCUAUUUUAUUCUAAAAUGUUCACUUUGUCUUAAAUUGCUAGCCAUAUUUUUUAAAAUAAUAAAUAAUCUUUUGUUCUAUAACUU